UCUGAAAUGGUUUUACACUCCGUUCACAGUGAAAUACUGACAUUUCUGAAACUUAGAUCAUAAUAUAGAUCUUAUAUAUGAUCUAAGGUCUGAAGUGAUAGAAGACAACUAUUUUAUAUAAUUAUUUAUUUAUAAAGGUAAAAUGCAAAGAAAUGAAUGUUUUGUUUGCGGUUGUAACGAUUUCACCGUUAUUGAUGGAGCAUUCGUUUGUAACGAAUGUGGGAUUCAGUCUCAAAGUAUUAGAGAAGAACACAUAAACUUUCAUGAAGAUGUUAAUCAGAACUAUGAAGAUCCGACUCAUUUGGAUCAUGAAAUAACAACUGGAUCUCAACUUGAAAAACCUAAGAAACUAUUAUCUUGGGAAUGUUAUAAUUAUAUACUUUUAGGACUUACUAAUGAGCUAAUUGAACUUGGAGCUAAACCUAGCUUAAAAAUAAUAGUGUUACAAUUAUGGGUUCAAUAUUUGCAAUGUAAUGAAGUUGCUUUUACAUCAAAGAAACUGAGGAAACUUCCUAAAUUAAAUACAUCAAUAAUUGAUAUGGACGGUGAAAUUUUAUAUGGAGUUAAAAAUGUGAAAAACAAAAUUCUACAUGCAAAAAUUGGUUUAGUGCAAGGAAGUAAAAAAAGGAGAUGUUCCAAUAAAAGAAAAUCAUUGACAUCUAGUAUUAAUUCUAAUAUGACGAGCGUUAAUAAACAAAAUAGAUUUAGUCGCAAAUUAAAAAAAUUAGAUCAUUCUGCAAGAGAUUCGAAUAACGACUCGGUGGGAUUAUCAGAUAAUAUAAGUUUAUUGCAAAGAAGUAAUAAGUCAAAUAAAAUAAAAGUUAAAUUUAAAAAAAAUAUUAAAAAAUCUCUAACCUCGAUGCCAUCAAAGACUAAAGAUCUUUCUACUGAAGAAACGUUAAAACUUUUUAAAUCUGGCAACAAAUAUUGGACUAGCUUAAAAAAAAAAGAAAAAAAGAAUGUUUUAUCUAUUAAAAAACUUUUAUCUAUAUUACAAUUAGCUCUUAUGAUCAACGGUGAUGAUAUUCACCUAUCUGACAUACUUAGAUGGAUUCAUGAAGGACAUUUACAUAUAAAUCGUGUUAACUUAUUUUUACCAGCAAAUUCAAAGCAUGGUAUUAAAUUUAGUAAAAUGAUACCAAGUUCAAGAAGUAUGUUAAAUGAAGAAUUCCACAUGAUAUUGAAACAUUUAAAAGUUGAUCAGCUGCCUAAUAUUGAUUUUAAAAAAUUAGUGAUUCGUUUUUCUGAUGAACUACAACUUCCAAAUGAUUUUACACAUUUUGUUUGCAAACUUGUAUCAAUAUCUCCUCCGAGUGUUAAAUGUAAUCAAAUAUUACCAGACAUAGAAGUAAAACUAAUGGCUUACAUACUUUUUGCUGCCAAAUUUUUAUUUUGUCUUGAUGGUAAUUCUGAAAACUUAUCCUCAGACUUUGCUGAAAAAAUUAACCAGUCAGAUAUAGUUGAUAAAAAAUUGUUCAGCUGGAACGAUUAUGUACAAUACAUAGAAUUUAGAAAUAUUAUUGUAUCUAAAUAUAGCUAUUAUUUGCAUGAAAACAUGUAUGGAAACAAUAUACGCAAUACUCAAUUAUUUAUCAACGAUUGGAAUAUUAUGAAGCCAACUAUACCUGUUUUAGAAAGUGACAAAAUAUGUAAAAACUUUAGGGACAACACUGAAUGUUUACUUAAAUCAUUACCUGAUUUUGGAAGAAAAGAUAAUUAUAGAGAAAUUCCUGCCUCAAUUAAACCACUGUCAUCAACUUUAAAAUGGAUAAUUGAAUAUCAUUCAAUGGAAUUAAGUAAUAAAGCAAAAACAACACUAGAAAAAAAUUUUUCUCAAACUGAUAUUUUAUAUCUAACUGAUGAAAAAAGAAUCUAUGAUUUAGCUGAUGAGUGUGGUGUACCUAUAGAAGUAAACUUCAAAAGUCCAUUACAUUAUGAGAAAGAAAAAGGUAAAGAUCCAGAAACUGCAUUAACUCCACUUUAUACUUCUCAAUCUAAAGUGUAUUUAGUAAAUCAAGAAGUAUAUAAAAAAAAACAGAAUGAAACUACAAAUAGUCCAUAUGAAGAAAAACCAAAUACAAUAUUCUUAGGAACUGGCUCAAAUUAUUGGCACAUUCACAUUAAUAAAACGUUCUUAAAGCAAGCAGAAAUUUCGAAAAUAAAUAAUGUUUUUAAAACAAAAUUACCAUACUCAUUUUUAUGGCUCAUGAAUCAGUGUAGUAGGAUUUUAGAUUGUCGUAUGCCGGAGUUAUAUUUGGAACUUAUGAAUUUAGAGAUAAAAUUCUUUAAAUUAAUUCAACCAUAUGAAAAAUCGAAUGAAACAAAAUGUGAAACAAUGUUUUCCAACAUUACUUUAUAAUUCAUAUGUUAUAUAGUUUGAUUAG